UGGUUUCCAACGGCAGGGAGCUGGUCGCACUGGUGGUGGUGGAGGUGGUGGUGGUGGUGGUUUUCUGGCCGGUUUCUGCGGGCGUGAAGGCAUGUCGGUAAUCGGCUCAGUAAUGAGGAAAGGUACUGAACAGCACCGAACAUCUGACCCCGAUUCCUGGGAGUAAAGCGAGGCAGAGAGAGGAGAGGAGAGGAGAGGGAGAAGCUGUGUGAGAGAGGAAAAAGAGAGGGCCAUGUGAAAAAGGGGUGGAGGGGAGUCGAGAUUUAGUGCUCUGCUGGAUGAAACAACCCCCCACUAACUAACGGAGAGGGAAAGUAGCCUAAUGGGAAGAAAGGAGGGGGUGUUAUACUGUUCAUUAAACACUCAAAGACGCGCAGGAAGCCUUUAUCGUUUCCCACAAUGAGACCUGAAAAGGGGUUUGGUGUUUUCUGUAGAGCUUAGAGACGUGGAAACCAGGAGGACAAGGCAACACGCGGUGGAAGUGGAAAGUUCGGAGAAUAAAAAAAUGUCUCGAACCGACGAGGUCAACAAGAUGACAGAAAAUGUCUACAAGGGCAUUUUGGACCAGUUCAACCCCAGUCUGAAGAACUUUGUGACCAUGGGGAAACAUUACGAAAAGGCCCUGACAGGAGUGACCGUGGCUGCCAAGGGUUACUUCGACGCUCUGGUGAAACUCGGAGAGCUGGCGAGCGACAGCCAAGGCUCCAAAGAGCUGGGAGACACAUUGUUUCAGAUGGCCGAGGUCCACAGACAGAUCCAGGUGCAGCUGGAAGACGUGUUGAAGCUGUUUCACUCCGAGCUGCUCGCCCAGUUGGAGCAGAAGCUGGAGCUCGACAUCAAAUACCUCACAGCCACCCUAAAGAAAUAUCAGAGCGAGCGAAGGUCUAAGUCUGAGUCCAUCGAGCGCUGCCAGUCGCAGCUGAAAAAAUUGCGCAGGAAGAGCCAGGGCAGCCGGCACCCCAACAAGUAUGGAGACCGAGAGAUGCAGUUUGUGGAGUUAAUGAGCCGUCGUCAGGGCGAGCUGGACACGCUGGUGGCUGCGGGAUACAAGUCUGCGCUCACCGAGGAGAGGAGGCGUUACUGCUUCCUGGUGGACAGACAGUGCUGUGUCACCAAACUGCUCAUUAACUACCACUCCAAGGUGAGGGAGCUUCUGUCUCAGAAACUGUCCUCUUGGCAGCAGUCGUGUUCUCAGCCAACAAAGCUCCCGGAGCGCGCUCUGAAUCUGCUGCGUCACACUGCCCCUCAAAGCUCAGGCGCUGCUGGGAUAGCCGAGGUCCUCCGUCACACCAAGCUCGGCUCCGCUCAGCCCGAACAGAGGCUCUCUGUUCAAGAAGUUCCUCCUCUGCUGAAUGGAGACUCCAGUCGCUCCCAGCAGCAGCAGCAGCAGCAGCAGCAGCAGCAGCGUUCAGUCCCUUCCUCCUCCCAGAGCGACACCUGUCCUCCUCAGGGCUCCCCCCAGACUUUCCGCUCUGCGUCCUCCGUUGGAGGAGCCGCUGCUGGAGGUUCCUCACGAGCGUCUCCGCAGCACACGACCCUCAGCGCUUCGGCCAGCCCCCUCCCUGACAGCAGCGCCAGCGGCAGCGGGAGCGCCAGCCCCGCCACAUCCACUCCCACCACGUCCGGCGGCUCAGCCCAGCAGAGCUCUCUCCUCCUGGCCGCAAACACGUCCAACCUCUCCCCCAGCCUCAUCCCCUCCACAGUCAUGUCUCUCAGCCAGCUCUCUCCGCCCGGCAGCUCCCUGCAGGGCAUGACCCUCCCGAUCCCCCACAGCGCGCCUCACAGUCCUCCGCUGCCCCACAGCGCUCCUCUCUCCAGAGCCAUGACUCCAGUGCAGCUACUGCACCAGCAGGUGGGACCGGGAGGAAGCAACACUUUGUCUCCGUCUCACAACCCCUGGUUGCUGAAGACCACUGAGAUGUGUGCUACUGCAACACUCCCGCUGCCGAGGAGACCUGUCAGUGAAAUGAGGCUGGGUGGCUUUCAGGGCUCCAGUCUCCCCAGGAUGCUGCCUCUGUCUGGACCAACACGAGUGGAGGCCAUGUUUCCUCACACCCCUGGAGCUUCAGAGGGUGGCGGAAGUGGAGGCGGCGGGGGCGGGGCUUGCUUACUGCACUUCCUGCCCGGCGAUAACAUCACUCUGCUCAUCUCUGAGCCCAGGGACGGGUGGCACUACGGUCAAAAUGAACGGACUGGACGGAAAGGCUGGUUCCCUUUCUCAUACACUCAGCCGCAACACAGCAAGAUGGAUCCCCUCGGGAGCUCGCUCUUCCUAUCUAAAGCUAACAGCACCAGCACCGGACAGCUCGACAAACUGGGAUCCCCGGGUCUCCCGGCACUCACCCCUGAGUCGGAGGAGGAGCGCUCCCUUCCUCCCCAGAGGGUCAGCACCUUCCGCCCGCGCCCAUACAGCAUGGCCGACAGCAACAAGAUCACCUCAGACUUGGCCUCUCCACCACCUUCUCCAACCAGGAGCAUGGAGUUAGAUAAACUCAUGUUUACCAGGAAAAAGGACCAAAAGAAAGAAGUUAUCAGGCCCAACCCAUUUGCCCACGUGCGACUCAGAAAAACUGUCACCAACGAUCGCUCUGCUCCCAUCAUCGAGUGAGUCUGUUGAUGCUGCCGCUGCAGGAAUCCUGAUCUCCGCUCUCUGGCUCAUCAGUCUAUGAGGCCUCACAGCACACUGACUCAUGAUGACUUUUUUUUUUAAAUAGUACUUUGGAAGUUCUGUUUCUCAUUUAAUCAAAUAUAGCUUGUGUCUUAUGUGCAGGAACAGGGCACGUUUUUAAAAACCACAUAUAAAUGGUUCAUAUGUAGAGGCUAAUCUGUUCUAAAUGUGAAUGCAGUCCUUUCAAAUUUUAGGUUAUUAGGAAAAAAAGAGACGACCACUGUAAUGUCCGUGAGAAAAUGAGGGCAUGAGGGUCGUUCUUAGCUUAGCGUUUGGGAUCAGCAUACUGUACCGUGCUCGUCCAGAAUAACUAACAUGUAUAAAUGUGUUUCUUGAUUAUUUUUUGGUUAUUCUAUCUGUGCCAUAUUCAAAAAGGUUUUCUGUCUUCAGCCGAUUUAGGGACUGGAUCCUAAUAGCAGAUUGUGCACUUUUACCUUAAUGAAGUGUUUACAGGAAGAAGACAGACUCCUUUUCAGCUACAGUAUUGUAUUUUUUUUUUUUUUUAGAGGAGCUGCCAUAUUGGUGCAGUUUCCUGGUUUCAGUGAAAAUGAAUGAGCUUUUAAAGUUAUUAAAAGUAUCUUGUUUAUUUUAAAACGUGACUGUUUGGGUGAGAUACAGGCACACUCAGUUAUUUUUGUGUCACUUUUGUUUUAGUUAUUGUUUGAAUGCACAGGUUCUUUUCUGAUAUAUCUUAUUUUUAUGCCAGUUAACGCCAUCCAUUCUGCUGCUGUGGAGUUAUAUAUUAGUAAUUAUAGAUCAUUUACUUUAACUCUUUACCCUAAAUACAAAGAUUAAAACGACAUUGUACCUUAGUUUUGAUUAUGCGAUUAAAAUACAGAACAACAAAGCUCAUAGACUUCACAAACUGUGAACGUUAAUAUUUGAACGUGUGGAUAGUGGCAUCAUUGAAAGAAGUGCUUUUAUAGAAAGUAGUAUGGUUGCGGAGGGUUUUACGUCUAAAGAAUGAAAGAUUUGCAUGUUUAGUCUUCGGAUUUGAUGUCUUCUUGAUUCCCUUUCAGUCCCAAAUCUAAAGCUAUUGAACAUCUAGGCUAGUUGAUUGUAGUUUUGUGUUCACCAAUCAGACUGAGCUGAAUCUUAGAGAGAUGUGAAAGCCAAGACAGACGGCAGUUUUACCGUGGAAAUGUACCUUUGAAAGUGAUAAAGAAAGUAAACAGGAAGUUGAGCAACUUCUUCAGGCAAGUGUUCAGGGUAAACUAGAGACGUCCAAAGUAACAUCCUCUAGCUCUGCGCUCCGUGUUGCCUCUAGCAGAGUGUACAGGUGAAAUAUUGUACAUGUGAAAACUGAAAUGGGUUUUAUAUUCCUGUUCUAACCACCUUGAGUUGCUGUGAUCUUUUAGCACCUAUAAAUGUUGUAGAAAUGGUUUCUAACAACAUUUACCUUGUAUUCCUUUGUGUAGUGUUGCAUCACUAAUAAAGCUCACUGGUAAACGAU